GUAACAGUGUUUGUGAACGACUCGUCAUUUGAUUUUUUGUUUCAAAACAAACUUUUUUUUCAAAAAAAUGAAACGAAAACAACAAUUGUCUUAACAUUUGAUCCAUAGUUUCUGUUUCUGUGAAUGAUAUCGACAACAGUCCGCUUAAGACACACUGGUUUUGCAAGUAUUAGAUCUGUUUUGUUGUCGUUGUUUCAGCCGAAGAUGUCCACAACAAUAACAACUGUCCGCACGACACGAUCGCAGACGCGUCUGAAGUCGUCGUCGUCUAUAUUGCCGUCGAUGACAACAAUCAAGAAGAAGAAGAAUAAUAAUAAUAAGAUGACCACUAAAAGUCAAGAUAACCAGAUGGUCAUCAUCGAGACAAGUGUAUACUUUGGUGACACCGAUAGUGAUAAAGCCAAUAACAACUCAUCGACAACAACUGUCCAAAAACCGAAUGUCCAAAACAAAAGACAACGAAAAUCAGUUGUUGAGUCCACUGAAGAGCCGAAAAAUUGGCGACAAUUACUUGAAAAUAUAAGACAAAUGAGAAGCGAUAGGAAUGCAGUGGUCGACAGUAUGGGCGCCGAAAAGACUUACGAUGAAAAUGAAGGCAACGAUAAAGACAAACGCUUUCAGAUAUUGAUAUCACUGAUGCUGUCGAGUCAGACCAGAGAUGAGAUAACUUAUGCAACAAUGCAAUCGCUGCGUAACUAUGGUCUGACUGUUGACCAUAUUAUUGCUACCGAUGAUACACUGUUGAUGGAAAUGAUACGAUCGGUUAGUUUCUAUCGUAAUAAAUGCAAAUUUAUUAAACGAACAGCUAUUAUACUGCGGGAUCAGUUUGACGGCGACAUUCCCGACACACUCGAUGGACUGUUGUCACUGCCGGGAGUGGGUCCUAAAAUGGCACACUUGGCGAUGAAAAUCGCUUGGAAUCAGUUGACAGGAGUGGCUGUCGAUACACACGUUCAUCGUAUUUGCAAUCGUUUGAAAUGGACAAACAAUACGAAGACACCGGAACAGACACAAAAACAAUUGGAAAAAUGGUUGCCGAAAGAGGAUUGGGAUGACUUUAAUCUGUUGGUUGUCGGCUUUGGUCAGACUAUUUGUUCGGCAAUUAAACCCAAAUGCAAUGAAUGUCUUAAUCAAAGUCUGUGUCCGUUUGUGUCUUCAUCGACGACGACGACAACAAAGAUUAAGAAGAAAAAGAGUGCCAAAGAUAUCGAAUUUUAGACAAAUUGUUUGUUUGUUUUGUUUUAUUGAAAUGUUUUUAUUGAAUAUCACCAAAAAAAAUAUAAGCCAUUA